AUGGCCUUGUUCCGCUUCUCUGGCCACCCCAAAGUGCACAAAGAGGGCGCUUCUCUCCGACCAUUCGUAUCAUUGAAAGGCACUCCAACUUACGGACUGGCAAAGUGGCUGUUUCGGCGUCUCAACUUUCUGACUGCUGAUUCGGCGAACACGGAUCUUACAAUCGAAAACGUCGGACUACUCCUACGAAGCAAAUACGAUGAGCUGGAGAAACGCCUCGGACAUAACUUAGUCCUACAGCGCCUAAAGUCCCGUCCAAGAGACUACUCAGGAAUCUACGAGCAGGUAAAGGGAAGACCAAUGAGUUCACCAAUUUUGGACGUCAUAGCAGAGACGGUCCCACAAUAG